AUGAGGGAGGUUACAGAAAACUGCGUUGUGUUAAGAGAUGUUUCCUAUGAAAUAUUUCAGUUGAUUCUGAAAACACUUUACACAGGUGUCAAUGUUCUAACGUUGGAUAAUUUCAUUCAAGUUUGGAGGGCUGUGCACAUGUUGCAGAUUAAUUUUAUGGUAAAAAUGUGCGAAAUAUUUGCAAAUAACUCUAUUACAAUUGAUAACUGGGAAAACAUUUAUGUAACAGCUAAACUUUUAGGCUCAACUUUUGUUCUAGAUAAACUUCAAAGCUUCAUGUUGAGAAACUUUGAAAAAAUUAGUAUUUCAGCAAUAUAUCUACAACUGCCUUUCAACGAAGUUCGGGAAUUGAUAAAAAGCCAGGAUCUUCGUGUCAGUAAUGAAGAUAUCGUGUUAGAAUCAGUGAUAAGAUGGGUCGACUGCUAUGCUCCAAAUAAUGCUAACACAGAUAUUAUUAACACAAACAUAUUAGUCAACAAAGAAAAAUAUGGCAGUGAAUUGGAAAAAGUACCUUCUGAUAAAUCGCUUAAUGUUGCAUUAACCGAGCAUUUGUCUAGAAAAGAUAAAAUGACAGAAUUACUGAGUCUGGUGAGGACAUAUCUAGUUACUCCUGCGGUUUUAACACGAGUUUAUCAUCUUAAAAUGUGUUCUGAAAAUAAAGACUUUAGAGAUAUAAUUGUCAGCGCUUUAUCGUACCAAGCCCAACCUUCAAGAGACGGCCAGUGGCCAUCAGCUGCUAUGCACAGAUCUUGUAGUAGCUUUACUCACGUUGGGGCUUAUGCAAGAACAGAUGGACAGUUUAGAGCUAUACGUGCUAGCGAUGAGACUUGGUUCCCUUUGCCAAUAUGUGAUGGUUUAAAAGAAAAUAUUCAGCUUGUCACGUUUGACUCAGACUUGUACGCAAUAGGAAAACCUCUUAACUAG